AUGCACGGAAUCGGGCCUCAGGAGAAACGCUCACAGAACUUUGACUUCAGCUUUUUGCCACCAUUGCCUGAGCCCCGUGUAGCGACCAAGUUCGGGCCGAACCACUUCCUGUACGACACUCCCAUGAACAAGCCCCGAUCUCUGCGAUCUCUACUUGGCGGUGGAGAUGUCAACAUGUGGAUGACAAACGACGAGUCCCUGCGUCAUUUAGAAGAAAGCGAACUGUGGACCUUGCGCAGCUUGCGGCAGCCGGAUCCACGCAUUGAGAAGGUCUUGCAUGCAGUUGCACUUCUUCGGGGGCAGAGUACCCGGAUUCUAAGUGGGGAUCCUGUCGCUCGCUGGGGUAGUUUGCUCCAAGUGCUUCGGUCCCCGACGUUGCGGACAGAGCUGCUCCUCUUUGAUGCCAGAAGUGUUCCCUUGGACACAGCCAAGAUUGUUCUAGCAUCACUCGAGAGCAUGCAGGCGAAUGAUGUACGGCGGGCAAAUCCUGGAGCCGCUGCCCUCUUCGAGUGGGCACUGGGUGUAGCACGUCUUCGCUGCUCUGGUUCUGCAGAGCAGGAGGCGCUUGACUUUGUACCCCUGAGGCCCCGUGAAGCAGACCUAAGUCCUCUUCCAAAGCUUGGGGGAUCGUCGCGUAUGGCACGCCUCAAAGGUCAUGGCGGAUCCAGGAGAUGUAAAUCGUCUGGCUUUGAUCGAAGUCGCUGGCACUAUGAUAUUGGACACCGAGUUUGUGUCACUGGAUUGGGGCAGAAGGCAAACAAGAGACAGCUUCAGGCAGCCUUCGGGGACUUUGGACAUAUCAUCAAGAUUGAGACUCCAUUGAAUGGUACAGCGGUCUACAUAUCCUUCAAAGACAAGCGAGAUGCGGAGGAUGCUGUUAAAUACAUGGAUGGAGAAAAGAUCGAUGGUCAGAAGGUGAACGUUUCUCGGGCUGAGGGCCGGCCUCCUAUCCGGCCCAAAAAAGAAGGUGAGCCAAAGAAGGACGAGAAAAAUGAAAAAAGUGAAAGAGGCUCUGAAAGAGGUGAAAAAGGCAAGGAGGAUGGAAAAGAUGGUGAAAGAACGUCGCGGAGAAGGACGGAACUCCGGGGCAGAAAGGGUUUUCCUUCCAAGGUACUCAACAAGACUUGUUUCUCUUUUUUCCCUCAGCUUUCCUAUUCCUGUUUUUUGACAUUCUUUUGA